AUGGUGCCGGCCCAGUCUCCUGCCGCAGUGUUGGCCUGGUCCACUGCCGCGCUGCUGGCGCAGUCCUCUGGGUCCCGCCGUCCUGUCAGGGCCCAACCGAGCUCACCACACCUGCUGCCCGGUCCACCACCGCCGCUCCCAUCCACUCCAUUCCGGGGGCUCUACACCCCCCAGACCGUCCAAGGUAAAAGCUGCCGGGGUCUGGUGACUUUUGAAGAUGUGGCUGUGUAUUUCACAGAGAGCCAAGGGGCGCUGCUGGGUCCAGAUCAAAGGGCCUUGUACCGGGAUGUUAUGAUGGAAAAUUAUGGGAACAUGGCUUCCCUGGGAUUUGUAGUUGCCAAACCUGAGCUUAUCUCCUGGCUGGAACGAGGGGAAGGGUCAUGGGCAUCAGAUUUUCAAGGCUUGGAGGAAAAGAAGAACUUCAGUACCAUCACAGGUGAAGGUAGAAAACAGCAUAUAGACACUGUUUGCGAGACGCAGUCCAUUCAGAAAUCAAGUCAAGAGAAGCAUCAGACAUGUGACAAGCUGUAUAAAUGCUUGAAGUGUGGAAAAGGUUUCGGUCGGAAAUCCCACGUUCAAAGACAUGAGCGAAUUCACACAGGCAACAAACUGUCCAAAUGCUUGGAGUGUGCAAAGUGUUUCACUAACCCCUCCGCUUUUUCCAAACACCAGGCCAUCUGCCCGAGAGAGAAGCCAUCCAAAUGCUUUGAGUGUGGAAAGUGUUUUUCUUGGAAAUCGGAGCUGAUUAGACACCAGCGAGUCCACACAGGAGAGAAACCCUAUAAAUGCUUAGAGUGUGGGAAAUGCUUUGCACAUAAAUCACAACUCAAGAGGCAUCAUUUGGUUCACACUGGAGAGAAACCCUAUAAAUGCCUGCUGUGUGGGAAGCUUUUUACUCAGAAAUCACAACUUAGGAUCCACCAUCGACUUCACACUGGAGAGAAACCCUAUAAAUGUCUGAUGUGUGGGAAGUUUUUCACUCGGAAAUCACAGCUCGUGAUACACCAAGUCGUCCAUACUGGAGAGAGACCCUAUAAAUGUUUGGAGUGUGGGAAGUGUUUUACUCAGAAAUCACAUCUUGUGAGUCACCAGACUCUCCAUAUUGGAGAGAAAACCUAUAAAUGUUUCGAGUGUGGAGAAUGUUUUGCUCGCAAAUCACACUUUGUUAAACACAUGAGAAUUCACAAAGGAGAGAAAAUCUAUACCUGUCUGGAAUGUGGGAAGGGUUUUUCUCGAAUAUCACGGCUUGUGACUCACCGAAGAGUCCAUACGGGAGAGAAACCUUUUAAGUGUUUGGAAUGUGGGAAGUGUUUUGCUGAUCCAUCAACAUUAUCUAAGCACAUGAGGGUUCACACAGGGGAGAAGCCUUAUAAAUGCUUGGAGUGUGGAAAGAGUUUUGCUCAGAAAUCACAACUUAUGACCCACCAGAGAGUCCAUACUGGAGAGAAACCCUAUAAAUGCAUGGAGUGUGAGAAAUGUUUUGCUCAGAAAUCACAACUAAUGAUCCAUCAGAGAGUCCACACAGGAGAGAAACCGUAUCAGUGCUUGGAAUGUGAGAAGUUUUUUGCUCGGAAACACCAUCUUGUGAGUCAUCAGAGAGUUCACAUAGGAAAGAAAUCAUAUAAAUUCUUGGAGUUUGCAAAACCUUUUACUCAUAAGUCAGAACUCAUCAGGCACCACAGAGUCCAUGUAAAUGAGAAACUGUAUAAAUGCCUGGAGUGUGGGAAGUGUUUUGCUUGCAAAUUAUACUUUGUGACACAUCAAAGAAUCCACAAAGGAGAGAGACCUUACAAAUGCUUAGAGUGUGAAAAGUGUUUUGCUCUGAAAUCACAGCUUGUGAAACACCAGAGAGCCCAUAUAGAAAAAGGCCCAUUUAAAUGUCUAGAGAAUGGGAAACAUCUUGUUCAGAACUCAGCUGUUCUCCAGACUGUUCAUAUGAAUGAGACACCUUUCAAGUUUCCAUGUGUGUUCCCAUAA